UAAACGGUACGGCGCCGCCACAGAGACAUCCUUUCGCAGGAUACAACCAAAAUAAUACAUAUACACACACACAUAUAGACACACACUCACGCAGCAAAUACGCUUGCAGCUACUUUUCGUCAAAACUUAACUAAAUCAGACGCGCAUUUCUCAACGACAUCAACGCGUUUUGUCAAGUGUUAAGCGAAUUUUAGGCUGCAUAUUAGUGUCUCUUAACGUGAGGGCAAAUGUGCAAUGUGAAGGACCAACUGCAGUCAAAGAGUGUGUGUGAGUGUGAGCGUGCGUGCGUGUGCGUGUGUGCUUUAAAGCCUUUCAGUGUGUUUGUGUGCCUGUGAGUUAAUGUAAAUACCACGAAAAUCGCUGCCAAAAAUAAAGCAGCCAAAAAUCAACGACGUAGAAGAAGAAGCAGAAGUCGACGUCGUCGUCAACGAGCUGCUGCGUCCCUCUCGCACGCCCACGCCAACAACGUCAGCAAGCAAAAGGCAAUACAAGAAUCCAACAGUCGCAGUGGCAACGUCAAGACGCAUGUACGCUCCUUGCUUAAUGCUGCCAGCUGGCCGUAGUCGUCUAAAGCGUGCACAUGAUCGUGUGAACUAAACAGUGCUCAACACACACUCAACAUACAGUUUAGUUUUCUAUCUGCAAACACCAGCAGAAGAAGCAGCGGCUAAAGUAUACAGCAAACAUACAAAAAAAAUAAACGAAAUGUCAACUUCAAAGCAGCCACAGCGACAACGCCUGCAGCAACAGCAGGAGCAGCAUCAGCAGUCGGCACAUCAAAGGCUCUAUGGGCAUUGCUAUGGUCAUGGAUUUGUGUGGUUGCUGUUGCUAUCAUUGCUGGGUCAUCAGCAUUUCGUCGUUGCUAGUGUCAGUACAAUUGUGGAGCAGGAGGAGGCGGCUUUCCAAGGUCACUGCGGUCACACGAGCCCCUGCGAGCAGCUCUGCUAUGAGAUACACGAUGGCAUGUACGAAUGCGAUUGCAUUGAGGGCUAUGAACUGAACAAGAACGGUUACAGCUGUCAAGUUAUAAACACCACAAGCAGCGGCGGCAAUGGAGGCGGCAAGUCGGAUGAGGAUGUGCUAUAUCAGAAGGGCGCCUCCUUUAGCGCCAAGCUUGCCAAUGAGGGUCCUGACUCUGAUGCCAAGUCGCUUUAUGCCGCCGAACAGGACUUGGAAGCAGACGCGGACCUAGGCAGCGAUAGUUAUGACUACAACGAUGAGCAGCAGCAGCGGCAACAGCAGCAGCAAGAGAAGCAACAACAAAAUGUCAAUUCAAAUGAUUAUUACAUAUCAGCGGAGAGCAUUAAUUUCAAUUCGGAGAACGAUAAUCAAGAGCUGUAUGGCACAGAUUUUAAGGUAGCUGCCAGUGACAGCAGCAGCAAAAACAACAUCAGCAGCACAACAUCAACGACAACAACAACAACAACCACGCCCAAAUCAGCGCAACGUCAAGUUAUCGACUAUGCUGAAACGGAUAUGGAUGCUGCUGCUGCUGGUGGUGGUGGUGAUGACGAUGAUGAUGUGGAUGAGUAUUAUAGCUAUAAAUCGGACAUGUCUAUCUACGACGAUGUCAAUAAUAAUCAAUUAAACUUAAGACGCAACAGCAACAGCAAUAUACAAACAUAUCAGCAGACAAGCAACAACAAUAACAACAACAACAACAACAACAACAACAAGUCUAAUAAGCACAACAACAGCAACAAAGUCGUUAUGCAUAUCAAUAAUAAAAUUGCUGCCAAAAGCAACAUAUCAGCAGUUCUAGCAAAUAUUCCUGUUAACACUGAGAGCAGCAGCGACAGCAGUUCGCCGCCUUGCAAUCUGGAAUGCGGCACCGAGGGUAUUUGUGCCUUGGAUGCCACACCAGCGAGUGUGCGCUGCCUUUGCCCCUUUGGCAAAACCGGCAAUGGCUGCCAAGAAGAUAUUAAAGCGCACGUGCCACGCUUUGCUAAGCGCUCGUGGCUUGCAUUUGCGGCACUGCAUGGCGCCUAUAAGCAUGUGCAGCUGCGACUUGAAUUCCGUCCAGAAUCCUUCGAUGGCAUCAUAUUGUUGAGCGGCGAACGUGAUGAUCUUACCGGCGAUUUCAUGGCAUUGCUAUUGAACAAGGGCUUUGUGGAGUUUUGGUUCGAUUGCGGCUCCGGCGUGGGCAGCGUGCGCUCCAGGGAGACCAUAAUGCUUAACGAAUGGAAUUCGGUGAUUAUUUAUAGGCAUCGCUGGGAUGCCUGGCUGGUGCUUAAUCAUGGCACCAAAGUCCAGGGUAGAUCCAAUGGUUUGUUCUCACGCAUCACUUUUCGUGAGCCUGUCUUUUUGGGCGGCAUUGGCAACAUUACGGGCUUGGCUAAGCGUUUGCCUCUGGCUGAAGGUUUUGCCGGCUGCAUUCGUCGCUUUGUGGCCAAUGAGCAUGAUUAUAAAUUUACAGAGCAUCCGUUGGGCGAUGUCAUUAAUGGCUUUGAUAUACAGGACUGCUCCACGGACAAGUGCGUGCGUUAUCCUUGCCAACAUGGCGGCAAGUGCCUGCCCACAGAUGAGGGCGCUGUUUGUCUAUGUCCCAUUGGCUUUGUGGGUGAUCUAUGCGAAAUACGCAUGGACCUGCAGGUGCCCGCUUUUAAUGGCUCCUCAUUUUUGCGCUAUGCGCCGCUGGGCGACAGCGCGCUCAUCUGGUUGGAGCUCAAGGUUAUACUAAAGCCGGAGCAGCUGGAUGGCUUGAUACUUUACUCGGGUCCAGAGCAACGCGGUGAUUUUAUUGCUUUAUAUUUGCACAAUGGUUUUGUGGAGUUUGCAUUUGAUUUGGGCAGUGGUCCAGCUGCUGUGCGGAGUGAGCAUGCUCUAAGUUUGGGUCAAUGGCACACCAUAAAGAUCUCACGCACUGCCAGAUUAGCGGUGCUUAAGCUUGAUCAACAUCAGGAGGUCAUGACCAUUUCAACGAAUGGCUUUUGGCACUUGUCGCUGGCGCAGAAUCUUUUUGUGGGCGGUGUCAAUCAUGUGGACCGCUUGCCAUUGGAUCUCAAGUACAAGUCCUUCUUUGUGGGCUGCAUACAGCGCAUUGACAUCAAUGGGCACUCGUUGGGCAUUGUGUCUGAGGCUUUGGGUGGCAGUAAUAUCGCCAAUUGUCCGCAUGCCUGUGUGGCGCGUCCUUGCGGCCCAUUGGCGGAGUGUGUGCCGCAAAUGGAGAGCUACGAGUGUCGUUGCAGCAUACACAACGAGCGCUGCAACAAGGCGGCCGAAGUGCCACCCGAGCAGCUGCCCAAGCUGAGCAAACAACACAAAGCCAUUGACUUGGCUAAGAAGCCGUUGCAUGUGCAUAAGAAGCAUGCCACAAAGCACAAGAGUCUACACAAGCAGCAGCAGCACACUACAGCAACGGCGACAACAACAGCUGCCACCACCAUCAGCAGCAGCAGCAGCAGCAGCAGCACAACAACAGCAACAACUUCAACUACAACAACAACGACAAGCACAGCCAAGCCGGAAAUCGAAGAUGAUAUCAUAUUUCGGUUUGUGCAUGAGAAGCAGACAGCUCCUAGUCCCCCCAUCGCUGCUGCUUUGCCUGCACCGCGUCUGAAAAGCCACAUAAGCAAGCAUGAGCAUCAUCAGAAACCGAAUGUGUUUGCCCACAAGCUCAGCCGGCUGCCCACGCACUAUGAAAGUUUUCAGACAAAUCCGGAUAGCGAUAUACUUACCUUUGACGAUAACAAUGAUUGGGUGGCCAGUCUGCAGCAGCAGGAGCAAGAGCAAGAAUAUGCUGAUGCCGCUGCCAGUCAAGUGGCCAACUAUGCAGAAGCUGAUGCAGAUGCGGAUGCGGAUGCAGAUGGCGAUGCCGAUGCGGAUGCCAAUGCUUUUGUCUUUGAUGAAUCACUGUUCGAUGACACUGACGGCACUGAGGACUAUCAGCGCAAACAGCUUGCGCAGGAUAUGCAGCGUAUUAUGUCCAACACCCACGCACACGCCCAGCAUCAAAACCAAAAGCAAACACCAGCACCGCAAUACGGCGACGACUACAUCGAUGAUGAGCUACUGACACCCGUGCUGAAAUCAGCGCCAGCUUUAGUGCUGCCCGCAAGCACACCCCAAACCCAUACGGACUGGAGUCUUUUGAAGAAAUUUGAUUUGUCCGCCGAGCAUCAGACGCAGGUGCAAAGCGUGCGCAAGAAUUUUGGCGCGUGCUUUGCCGGCACGGACAGUUAUUUCCAUUACAACGAUGCGGAGACCAUGAACCAGGUCAUCAGCUACAACAUUGACUUAAACUUGCGCAUUAAAACGCAUUCAGAGAACGGCAUUAUAUUGUGGACAGGACGUCAGGGCACCACAGAGCAGCAUGAUGAUUAUUUGUCGUUGGGUAUUGAAAAUGGAUAUUUACAUUUUCGCUAUGAUCUGGGCGCUGGUGAGCUGGAUAUACGCUUCAAUGGCACCAAAGUCAGCGAUGGGCUAUGGCAUCGCGUUAGAGCAAUCAGAAACUCCCAAGAGGGCUAUCUGGAGGUGGAUGGACGCAAAACAUUAACGCUGCGUGCGCCCGGCAAGCUGCGGCAACUGAACACCGACACUGGUCUCUAUGUGGGUGGCAUGCCCGAUGUAUCGUAUUUUACACAUCAGCGCUAUUUUAGCGGCAUUAUUGGCUGCAUAUCGGAAAUAGUUUUGGCUGGCGAAAAGCUUAACUUUGAUCCCAACACGCUGGGCACGGCUCACAACGUUGAAACAGGAUUACUAUGAACACUGCUACUGCACUAACGCCUCAAGACUUUUAUAUAAAACCAAAAAAAAAAAAAAUAGUUUAAAUGUUAUGUUUUUAUUUGAU